AUGGUACAUUUAGGAAAUCUCUUCCACAUCCAAGGGAAGUUAAAAGAGGCAGAAGAGCUCAUUCUUCAAAUCCUAGAGCACCAGAAGAAAGUGCUGGGUCCUGAGCAUCCCUUUACUCUGACCAGUAUACAUAACCUGGCAUUGACGUAUUUCAGCCAAGCAAAAUGGCAACAGGCAGAAGAGUUGAGGACGCAGGUACUAGAGAGUCAGAAGAAGAUAUUAGGGCCAGAGAAUCCCAUCACCAUUACCAGCAUGGUGAAUCUUGCUUACAUCCGGCACUACACAGGUAGAAAACAUGAUGCUAUCAGCUUGAUGACUAAGUGCGUCCGCCUUCGUGAGAAAUACCUGGGUCCCAAACAUCCUGAUACUUUGAACGCGAAGGAUGUGCUUGAUCAAUGGGGAGGAGAAGAAGAAGAAGAAGAAGAAAGCGGAGACUGGUAUCAAGCUUCCGACGAAUCUCCACAAACGUCAAAACAAGUGGAAAACGAUUCAUCAGAUCAAGAGCUAACUGUGCUGUUGCCGGCUAGCUCCCUUAGCUGUCGAAAUAAUGACGAAUGA